GGAAAAAAAAAAAAAACAAACAAGAGCUCAUUAUUGGAUGUCAACAUGAAAACAGGAAUUUACAUACUUCUCUUAAGUGAAAUAUGCUUUGAAUUCAUCAAGGCUGAUAUCAAACUUAAAUUUCCAAAGGAGGAAAAAGAGAGUAAUUUCUUGGAAAUAAAUAACAUCAGUACUUCCAAAGAGUGGUAUCAUCACAAAAAUAUCUCUAAGCCUUUUGCAGACCAAGGUUUUGAAGACGAAGGUCUUGAAGACUUCACUCUUCACAACUUCACUGAAAAGACUGCAAACUUUGGAUUUAACCUCUACAGAAAAAUUGCAAUGACUCAUGAUAACAAUGUAAUCAUGUCUCCCCUCUCUGUGUCAGCUCUCAUGAGUGUCUAUAUGAUGGCAGCCAAAGGAGAAACAUACAGACAAAUUGUGAAAGGUCUAAACCUCCAUGCUGUGAAGGACAGGGUGGAUCACCAACAUUUGCCAGCUUUGUUUAAACAGCUGAUAGGUAACAUCACAAUGAAUGAAGAAUUUCUCCUCGUGCAAGGCAUGCUUUCUUUUAUUCAAAAGGACUUCAGACUCAAGGAGUCUUUCCUGAAUUUAUCUAGGCAGUACUUUGAUAUGGAAUUCCUGAAAGUGGACUUUAAAAACUUAACACAGGCAAAACUUUUCAUCAAUCAAAACAUUAACAAAACAACCAAAGGAAAAAUCUCAAGGCUUUUUGAAGAGCUGGACCACCAUAAUAAACUGGUGCUUGUGGACUACAUUGUCUUUAAAGGCAAGUGGGUCUAUCCAUUUAAUUCCAAAUUCACAGAAAUGGAGACUUUCCACAUAAACAAAUACAGAAGUGUACAGGUACCCAUGAUGUUCAAGACAGAUAAAAUUAAUUCAACUUUUGAUGAGAACUUAAGAUGCACUGUGCUAAAGAUACCUUACAAAGGGAAUGCCCACAUGCUGAUUGUUAUCCCAGAAAAAGAGGGAGACUACAUUUCAAUUGAAGACCAUUUGACUACAGAGCUUGUGGAAUCCUGGCUUGGAAACAUGAAAACCAGAAAAGUGGAUAUUUCAUUUCCAAAGUUUAAACUAGAGCAAAAAUACAAAAUGAAGAAACUGCUUCAAGGUCUUGGAAUUAAAAAGCUCUUUACACGUUCAGCAGAUCUUAGUCAUCUGACAGAUCAUGAGUAUGUAGCAGUUUCACAGGUUGUCCAAAAGGCAGUUAUUGAAGUGGAUGAAGAAGGAACUGAGGCUGCAGCAGCAAGUGGGUCACAAAUAACUGCAUUUACAGUGCCUCCUGUCAUCAAAGUGGAUCGACCAUUCCUGUUCAUGAUUUUUGAAGAAACUUUUAAAACAUUACUGUUCAUUGGCAGGGUGGUUGAUCCAACAGAAAUGUGAAUAAAGCUGAGUUAAAGAGGUUGCGAGAAGAGCUGGAAGGGAAGGCAGCAUUCCCACUAUUGCCAGCAGAGUGAGUCCGGAAUGAAUCAUCUGAAACACAGAGCUGCAGCUUACACAAAGAAUUUUGGUUGGAAACAGUACACAGAAAGUAAACAGAAUGAGCUGCUUUUCCUGUGGCAAUGGUGGCAUGU